CUAUUGAAUCCAAUCGAAUCGAACGGGCAGGAACAGGAUCAGUUGGAUUCAACGCACRGACCCUUACCAAAAACGUGCCACAGAUCGAAAGUCGGCGUUGACUCACGGAUUCUCUUCCGGCAGUAAACAGCUCCAGAGGAAGCCGUUGUAGAUCUAUACCUCAUCGCACCGCAUUUCUAUCGGUGCAACGCAUUCGGUAUGUUUUCCACCGCGGGGACAACGGCGGCGAUGGCGUGGAGGCUUCGUCCGGCGGUGGCUUCUGUUUCCAUCCCAUCUCUGGUAGCAAGAUCACUGGGAACAGCGAGCGGCACCAGCGGGGGCCGCAUCUUCCGCGGCCCCUGCCGCAGUUCAAACGCAGCACCCGUCGUUGCCGGCCAACACCACCACCGCCAUUCCAUCGAAACGACAGCGCGACUGCCCCUUGCCGGGGGGAAAGCCCUGCGGUGGUUCGGACCAUCUCCAGCCCGUCCGGAGCAGCAGCGGGGACAGCGACCCCAAAAGCCGUCCCAGACCAAGCCCCGCGUGGUCAUUCUCGGCACCGGAUGGGGCGGUCACAUGCUUGCCAAGCGGCUCGACAAGACCAAGUUCGACGUGCGGGUUGUGUCCCCGGCCAACCAUUUCUUGUUUACACCGCUGCUUCCCUCCACCGCCGUCGGAACUCUGGAGUUCCGGGCCAUCCAAGAACCCGUCCGGACCAUCGAUGGCCUCGGCGAGUACUACCAGGCCAAGGCCAUCGGGCUGGACAAGGACAAGAAAGUUGUGUACUGCGAAGACUUGUUCAAGAAGCACCAGUUCCCCGUCCGGUACGAUUAUCUGAUGGUGGCGGCCGGYAACAAAACCAACACCUUUAACAUACCCGGUGUCGCGGAGCACGAGGGCGUUGCCGUCCUCUUUCUCAAGCACCUGUACCACGCGCGGCUGAUCCGGAACCGGAUCCUCGAGUGCUUCGAGCGGGCCUCCAACAACAACGUGCCGCCGGAGGAGCGGUCCCGGCUCCUCAACUUUGUGGUGGUGGGCGGCGGUCCGACCUCGUGCGAAUUCACGACCGAGCUCUACGAUUUCAUCCACGACGACGUUUCCAAGUGGUUUCCCCACCUCAAGGAAGAAAUCAAGGUGACGCUGGUGGAGGCCGGCCCCGGCCUGCUGGGGAACUUUCACCAAUCUCUCUCGGAGUACUACCUGAAGAACCUGCGCAAGCGGAGCGUCGACGUUCGGCUCAAGACGGCCGUGACCGGCAUCAUCGACCGGAGGUUCCCCCCCGAGUCYAACGUGCGGGUGGAGGAGGGAGGAAAGUACCKGGGCCGAAAGUACACCGUGGCCACCUUUGACGACGGGACCGAGCUCCCCUUCGGGAUGAUGGUGUGGUCGGCGGGCCUCGCCCCCGUCAAGUUUGUGGAGGAUUCGGGGCUGCCCCUCGAACGGGGCCGCAUCAAGGUGGACGGCUACCUGCGGGUGCCGGACACCAAGGGACGGAUCUUUGCCUUUGGGGACUGCGCCCUUGUCGGCGAGGGGCUUCCCCCCACGGCCUCGGUCGCCGAGCAGCAGGCCUACUACCUGAGCGACGCCUUCAACAAGUACUACUCGGACUUUGACGCCCUCGAUCCUUCCAACAACGACACGGAGGUCCCGCCCCCGGGGCCGAUCGUUCCGGCCCUGCUUCCGUUUGGGGGCUUCCCCUUUGAAACCUUCAACAAGUUCCUUACCAAGCCGGCCCCGGAAUUCCAGUACAUGAACCGUGGGUCCAUGGCGGUGAUGGGAUUCGGCGGCGGCGUCAGCGACCUUACCAGCACCGACAUGCCCCUGCCGAAGGUCGCCGUGAGCGGUGCGGCGGCCUUUGUGGUUUGGAGGUCUGUGUACCUGAGCAAGCAGCUGAGCUACACGAACUUUAUCCUGAGUGAGUAGUACCGUGGCGUAGCAAGCCAGUCUGGUAUUGCAACAAGCGAUCCAGUCCAGUCCAAUUCAGUCGAAUCCAAUCCAUUUAGUCCGAAUGGAAUGGAUUGGAAUACCAUCAUGCGUUGCCUCUCGUUCGAAACGGGACCGAUGCGAUCCGGGUCUACUAUUGCUAUACCGCCGACUCACCCUUUUUGUUGUGUUCUUCCUUUCUUUUUGUUUCUCGGUUCUGUCUCUGGCAACAUGGCAUACGACACACGAAACGCAAUACUAAUACAACACCCAACAACUCCUCUAGUUCCCAUGUAUUGGUUCAAACAAUUCGUCUUUGGAAGAGAUAUCAGUCGGUUCUAAUUAUGGAUUUCAUUGGACCUUUGAUGACUGCCCUACACAGGGGAACAGCAAAAGU